AUGUUAAACACGACGGUUAUGGAAGGAAACGAUUUCUAUUUUCUCAACAAUAAAACCAAGACUACACCUGUCGAAAAGGAUUACAGAAUAUCCAAUAACGUAUUGGGACUGGGUAUCAAUGGCAAGGUGGUGCAAUGUUUUUCCGUUAAAACCGGUGAAAAGUUUGCGCUUAAGGUUCUCGUGGACUGUCAGAAAGCUAGGAGGGAAAUCGAUCUACACUGGAGGGCUAGCGGUUGCAUAAAUAUAGUCAAUAUAAUUGAUGUAUACGAAAACCAGUACAUGGAAAAGAAAUGUUUGCUGGUUAUCAUGGAAUGCAUGGAAGGUGGUGAAUUAUUUCAACGUAUACAAGAGCACAAUGAUGGGGCCUUUACCGAAAGGGAAGCUGCACAUAUUAUGACGGCUAUUUGUUCAGCAGUCAAGUAUCUUCAUGACCUUAAUAUUGCUCACCGUGACUUAAAGCCUGAAAAUCUCUUGUAUUCUAAGCUAGGUGCUAAUGGCAUUUUAAAAUUAACUGAUUUCGGAUUUGCCAAGGAAGUAUCACAAAAAGCUCCAUUAAAAACUCCAUGCUAUACACCAUAUUAUGUUGCACCGGAAGUUCUAGGUCCAGAAAAGUAUGAUAAAAGUUGCGAUAUAUGGUCAUUAGGUGUAAUCAUGUAUAUAUUAUUGUGUGGAUUUCCACCUUUUUUUAGUAAUCACGGGCAAGCUAUUUCACCUGGCAUGAAAAAUCGAAUUAAAACUGGACAGUUUGACUUUCCUAGUCCUGAAUGGAAUAAUGUAUCUAGUGAUGCUAAAACCCUAAUUUCAAGUAUGUUAUCUGUAGAUCCUUCAGUUCGUCUUACCAUCAAUGAAGUUGUGAAACAUAAAUGGAUUGCAAGCUAUACCGAAGUACCACAAACACCGUUAUAUACUGGAAAAAUGUUGAAAGAGUCCGAAGAUGUGUGGCCCGAAGUACAAGAAGAAAUGACCCGGUCUCUAGCUACAAUGCGUGUGGAUUACGAUCAAGUCAAUAUAAAAUCAUUAAAUACUUCUAACAAUCCAUUAUUAAACAAACGACGGAAAAAAGCUUCAAACAGUACUUAG